AUUCAAUAAUCUCAUUCUCAGCUCAGCUCAGCUCUCAACGGCAACGGCAAUGGCAAUGUCAAUGGCAGCACCUAAAGUACUAUGGACGAACCACCCGCUUCCACACCUCCUCACUUAUCAUCCUUUUCCUCUACACCUUCAUCUUCGUCCCAAGCAGCAGCCAAAGCCGUGGCUUGGACGCCCUGCGAUAUCAACCAACUCAAAGCGGACACCAGGGGUGGUUCGUGCUUCCUUCCACCGUGAAUCCUUUCAAGUUGCAGAGACCGUAGUGGGUUAUUCAACAGCCAGCUAUUACACUUCUUUGGGUCUCUUCGUCAUCUCCGUUCCUGGCCUUUGGUCUCUCAUCAAACGCUCUGUAAAAUCCAAGAUUGUGCAGAAAACGUACAUUGGAGAAGGAGAAUCAAAGAAAGCGCCAAAACAACUCGCAGGGGAAAUUCUGUCAUUCUUCACCCGAAACAAUUUUGCUGUGACUGACAGAGGAGAGACCAUUACGUUUGAAGGCAUGAUGGUGCCAAGCAGAGGCCAAGCAGCAUUACUAACCUUCUGUACCUGCAUCAGCCUAGCGAGUGUGGCCCUGGUUCUUACAAUAGCUGUUCCAGAUUUUGGCAAUAACUGGUUUUGGCUCACCAUCUUGAGUCCAUUAGCAGGAGCAUAUUACUGGAAGCGAGCAUCGCGAAAGGAGCAGAUCAAGGUUAAAAUGAUUGUGGCAGAAGAUGGGACAUUGUCGGAGAUUGUUGUUCAAGGGGAUGAUCAACAAGUGGAGCAAAUGAGGAAGGAGCUUCAACUUAGUGAAAAAGGCAUGGUCUAUGUCAAGGGCUUAUUUGAGAGAUAAAGUGAUGAAUUCAUUGAGAAUGUAAUAUCCCAACAAACUUGGCUCAUAUCCUACUCAUCAGAGAACAGAUUUGCACUUUGCCCGGAAAAUUGUUGUGUAAAAAACGUAUUAAUUAGAGAGAUUAGCAAUCGAGAAAUAAAUUUUCUGAUCUAUCAAGCAAAUAAUUUCAUCA